UCUGCAACCCAACAAGCCCACCAACAUUCAUCCUCUCUCUCUCUCCCUCUCCCUCUCCCUCGGACAAAAAUGCUCAGACAAUCACUCCCUCUCCUCCUGCCCUUCUUCCUGGGUUUUCUGGCUCUCCUCAAUGUGAACCUCGCCCUCGGACGAUUGAUCGGCGGCGGAUUCUCGGCGGAGGAGAACCCUUUCACGCCCAAGGCGUCUCUGGUGCGUUACUGGAACAAGGAGAUCCGAAGCGAAUCUCCCAGAUCGGAGUUUCUCCUCUCCAAGGCGUCGCCUCUCAGCGCCGUCGACUCCGCCAGUUUCGCCAAACUCGCCGCUGUCGACUCUCUCCCGACUCGCCUGCCUGAGUUCUGCUCUGCCGCCAACCUCUUCUGCUUCCCGGAUUUGGGUGCGAGCCUUGAGAAGCACACCGACGACGUCAAAUUCUCCGUCUACGACCAGAAGAACUUCACCAACUACGGCACAACCCGUGCCGGAGGCGUCGACUCGUUCAAAAACUACUCGCAGGACAGCAACGUCGUCGCCGACUCGUUCCGGCGUUACAGCCGUGACUCGGCCGGUCACGACGACAAGUUCUCCAACUACGCGACCUCAAGCAAUGUCGUGGAGGAGAGCUUCAACUCAUACGGCGGCUCCACCGCCGGAGGCAGCGGCACAUUCACCAAUUACCACAAUGAUGUCAACAACCCGACAAGCACCUUCACCUCAUACUCCGACAGCGCCAUCCGGACUCAGACCUUCAAGACCUAUUCCCGCGACGCCAAUGCAGGGUCCGGUCAAUCCUUCACCAGUUACGGCAAACACGGGACCGGAGACGUGGACGAUUUCUCCUCCUAUGCCGUGAACUCCAACGUUGUCGGGUCGGGUUUCGCGAACUACGGCACUCACGGACACGUAGCGAACGAGUCCUUCACCAACUACGGAAUCGACAGCAAUGUGCCGCAGAACAACUUCAGGAGCUACGGCAGUGAAGGGAACGCUGCCACCCAGACCUUCUCCAACUACAGAGACAGGUCGAACGUCGGCGACGACAGGUUCAGUUCGUACGCGAAGAACUCCAACGCAGAGAAGGUCAAUUUCGUAAAUUACGGGCAAACCUUCAAUCCAGGGUCCGAUACGUUCACCGGCUACGGCAAAGGCGCUAAGGGGCACAAGAUCGGUUUCAAGACCUACGGCGUCAACACCACUUUCAAGGAUUACGCCAAAAAAGGCGUCGAAUUCGCCAAAUAUAACCAGACCAUGCCCCUCUCCGAUGGCAAAUCCGUGAAUAGGUGGAUCGAGCCGGGCAAAUUUUUCCGAGAGGCGAUGCUCAAGGAAGGGAAUACGAUUCCGAUGCCUGACAUCAGAGAUAAAAUGCCCAAGAGGUCGUUUUUGCCCCGGAAUAUAAUCUCGAAACUACCCUUUUCGGCUUCGAAGAUUGCCGACAUCAAACGGAUCUUCGGAGCGGGUGACAACUCAACAAUGGAGAGGAUAAUAUCGGAUGCCCUCAGCGAGUGCGAGAGAUCUCCUAGCGCCGGCGAGACAAAGAGGUGCGUGGGAUCAGCGGAGGACAUGAUCGACUUCGCAACGUCGGUGCUCGGCCGCAGCCUCGAACUCCGGACUACAGAGAACAUCGCCGGGUCAAAGCAGAAGGUGAUGAUCGGGAAGGUCAGAGGCAUCAACGGUGGAAAGGUGACGAAGUCGGUGUCAUGCCACCAGAGUCUGUACCCGUAUCUACUCUACUACUGCCACUCGGUGCCGAAAGUCCGGGUGUACGAAUCGGAUCUUCUAGACCCGAAAACCAAAUCCAAGAUCAAUCACGGCGUUGCCAUCUGUCACAUUGACACAUCAGCCUGGGGAGCGAGCCACGGAGCGUUCGCGGCGCUGGGGUCGCGCCCUGGUCAGAUCGAAGUGUGCCACUGGAUAUUUGAGAAUGACAUGACUUGGACCAUCGCGGAUUAGGACACGACCCGGCGGCUAAGAAAGCUUGACCACGUGGAUGGGGGUUUAUCUAUUGUUUUACGUUAAUUGUCGCGUGAAUUCAAGGGAGGAAUUCUGAUAUCUAUAUUUGUGAUUUCGGUAACAAUAAACUCUUGUUACUGGUGAUGUUAUGCCUUAUUUGUUUCAUUAGAGGAUGUUUGCGGAAACGAUGCAUUGAUUAAAUAA